AUGUCCAAUGAAGAGCUUAUCAAGGUCUCUUACCAGGAUCGCAUCGCGAUCGUCACAUUGAAUCGACCCGAUAAACUCAAUGCCUUGAACCAGGACCUGUACUAUCUCCUGGGUGAGCGCCUGCGAGAGAUUGACCAACGUGAAGACAUCUAUAUCACCGUCCUCACUGGCACCGGUCGAUUCUUCUCAGCCGGCGCAGACGUGACAAGUUCCCGUCCCGAUGGCGAUCUUGGCUCCAGCGCCCGACGCGAACUCGUCAAAGGCUUCGUCGCCAACAACGUGGACGUCACCCGCACAUUCUACAACCACAGCAAGAUCCUCGUCGUCGCCCUCAACGGCCCCGCCGUCGGUCUCUCUGCGGCUCUCGUCUCCCACGCCGACUUUAUCUACGCCGCCCCCCACGCUUUCAUCCUGACCCCGUUCUCGUCCCUCGGUCUCGUCGCCGAAGGCGGUGCCAGUCGCGCAUUCGUCGAGCGUCUUGGAAUCGCCAAGGCCAACGAGGCGCUGAUCAUGAGCAAGCGCAUUCCUUGCGACGAGUUGGUCGCGGCAGGCUUCGUGAACAAGGUGAUUGAGGCCGACUCGAAGAAUCAGACUGAUUCGGAUGGCUUCUUGAAGAAGGUUCUGGCCGAGGUCGAGGAUCGUCUGGGUACGCAUUUGAACCAGUCGAGUCUGUUGAAGAUCAAGGAGCUGGUUCGUCGGCCGGAGAGGGAGAUUUUGGACCGUCAGAAUGGUGUCGAGGCUUUUAUGGGUCUCGAGCGGUUUAUGAUGGGUGUGCCACAGGAGGAAUUCCGGAAAUUGGCUUCUGGUGAGAAGAAACAUAAGUUGUAG